UAUGGUUACUUUAGCAAACUGCUCGAGCGAAUCCGAAAGGCGUUUUAGCGAAACGCGGUCCGUAUUUUGUUGAAUUCCUCGGACAAUGUAAACCAAACAACCGAAGACAUUCGGACUACAUUCAAGUCGGGACCAAUUCGGCGGUGAUCUGAGUGUCUUCCAGGCAUAAUCCCCUCGAAAAGCUCCUCUUAGGUUCCCCUGUGGUAGAAAUAUUUCAAUAUGGAGUUGGGAGAGAAGCUAAAGGAGCUCAACAUGUCAGUGGAUGAAAUUCAGAGACUGACAAAGGCUUUUAAAGAUGAGAAUUUCAGAAAAAUGCUGCAUGAGUACGCCGAGGAGAUAUCAGAUCCAGAGAAUAGGAGAAUUUAUGAAGAGGAGAUCGCCAUCCUGGAGCAGGAACGGGGAAACAACAUUGAGUUCAUCCACCCACAGCCAUUCAGGGCCCUGAAGACCAGUCUGAACCGCAAGCAGAAGUGUUACAUCAACAUCUGUGGCAAUGAAAAAGUAGGGAAGCCUGAAUGUAAGUGUGGGGUCUCCGAGGACGGUCGCAGGGGACAAUGCUGGUCACUUCCUCACAAUCUGUCCCAAGGGAGGCAAGACACAGAUCCAAAGGGAAACAAAAUCACCAUCUAUGAUGUUGUUUUUCAUCCAGACACCCUUCACAUAGCGAACAAAAACUCAAAAUUUAUGGAAAUGGUUAGCAGUACAGCCGUUAAGGCGAUUCAGGAUGCCUUCAAGGUCACUUUGGAUGAAAACAACAUGAAGGAGAUGAAGACAAAGUAUAAAGGGAUGCCUCAUCCUUGUGUCAUUCGUAAACGCAUCCCUGGAUUCAAACCGACAGACCCUCAAGAUGACCCUCUCGCCUUCCCAUACCCAGAUGAAAAACCACCAAAAGAAAUCACCCCUGAUCCCAAACCUAGGAGCUACGUAAUCCAACCUGAGAAAAUCAAAAAGCACUCUGAGCCAAGCUAUACUGUGAAAUACAGAUCCUUCAUUGACCUGCAGGACUUUAGAUACUCCAGAGACUCGGCAAAGAGCCCCAGGCCCAAAGAGAUUAUCGUCACUAUAGAUGUCCCACUCCUGAAGUCGGUAGCGGACGUUAACCUGGAGGUGAAGGAGAAAAGUCUGCUUCUGGAAUCUGAGAGUCCUGCCUACAGACUGGAGCUACCUUUGUCCUACCCUGUGGACGAGGAGGAAGGAGAGGCCAAGUUUAGCAAACAGAAAGGACAACUUACUGUGACUCUGCCUGUCCUUCCUUCUAAUGAGGCGACAGAGUUCUUUGCGCAGCAUGCCGGUGAUCGUGACAGGACAGAAGGAGACAUGGAGGAGGGGAAUAAACAGAUGGAAGGCAGGGGAAAUCAAGAUGGGGAAGAGAAGCUGAAAAAAGAAAAUGAGGAACCUGUGAAAGAAGAGGAGGAGGAGAAGUUGAAAGAAGACGCCAUUGGUAAAGAGGUGGAGUUGACAGAAAAAAUAACAGUUCAAGAACAGCAAAAAAAUGAAGAAAAGAUGUAUGAAAAAGGAAGCCAUGAAGUGAAGGAGAACAUGCAGGAAACCCAACAACUGAUCAGUCACCAAGACGUACACAAAGAUCCUGUUAGGAACGAGGAUCCGCCACAGAAAAUAGACUCUGAGGAAGAAAACCCAGCAAGUGUCGAUCUGCUACAGACUUCACCUGAGAGGCAAAGCCCUGUAGUCACCUUCGAAACAUGUAGUGAUGUAGAAGAUGCAGCCGUGGACUCGUGUUCAGAGUCACCCGCCCCAAUUUAUGACAAAGGAAGCGAUAAGGUGGAGAACGCGCAGGAACCCCAAGAACUGAUCAGUCACGAAAACGGAAGCAAAGAUUCUGUUAAAAACGAGGAUGUUCCACAGAAAAUGGACACCAAGGAAGAAAACCCAGCAAGUGUUGAUCUGUUACAGACGUCACCUGAGAAGCAAAGCCCUGUAGUCACCUUUGAAGCAUCAGGCGAUGUAGAAGAUGCAGCAGUGGACUCGUGUUCAGGGUCGCCCGCUCAAGUGAUGGACGCGUACAUGCAAGAAACUGCGAAAGAGAAGAUGGAAAUAGACUCCUGUCAGGAAUCUGUGUUGGAAAACCACAUUGACGAGUCAAACCAGACGCCUGCACAAGAGGAAGCUCCUUCUGUAGGAGGUUCAGCAAGUCACACAGCAGAAGAGAGCACACUUCUCUCAGCAGAGGAUGUGGACAAGACGGAGGAAAAACCAAAGCCUGACAAAAAGCAACCUCUUGUGUUGUUGAGAGAAAUCGACAAAGAUGGAAAGGUGACAGUCGUCAGCGAUCACUCUACAUCCGCUGGAUUCCUCUUCCAUAACUCCCUGAUGUAUGAACUCGACUAAAAAGAGUUGAAAGUGCCUUCUGAUGAGAUCAACAGAGCAGUUUAUUUGGUUUUUCAAUGUAAACCCUCUAGAACCACGCACUCCAUCCAAUGUUUGUUUACAGUGUUUCUAAUAUUUUGUACCUCUCAUACUAAUUAGAAACGUAAUUCUACGUUAGGCCAUUGCAAGUUAUAACCAAAUACAGUAUAUUAUGUUUUUUUGUGCAAGUGUGCCUAAUAUUGGGGACACAUUGCAUGCAUUCAAAUCAUUUACAAUGAAGUCUUGUAAUAUCUUCCUAAAAAAAGUAUACUUUUAUUUAAAUCUUCAACAUGUAUACAAAAUGGCAGGUUAUUAGCGCAAUAAAAGCAGCAGCUACCGAGGUGAUGACAUCGCCUACUUGCAUUUUUCCUAAAGUAGGUCAGUAGGGGACUGCAGGAGAAAUAUUUUAGAAACAGGUGAAUACUUGUUUCUUUGCCAUGUAUUGUGUUAUUUUAGGUUGUAAAACAGGCAACUCCUAAAAAAAAACAAAUGUCCAUAGUGCGGAGUCCUUUUUUCCCCAGCUCAUUAAGAGCAUCACCUUAGUACCUGCACCAGUUUCAAUGUCCCUCAUCUGAUUCCCCUCUGGAGGGUUUUGUCCAAAAACUGUGAGUAGCAGGAAAGAGAGCAGUAGUGCUGUGUCACUGGGGCAUCUGUGCCGCCCAUGUCGUCCACCAGAACCACGGUGUGAGACACUUGGUGCAGGUUCAUGCUCACAGCUGUCUUAAUGUAGAAGCUGACGCAGAAGCGUCCGCAGUCGCAGGUCUUUGCAACGUCCAGGUCUCGGCAUAGGUGUGCAGGAAUGAGGUGAGGUCCGUAUGGAAUUCUGGUGGAAGAAUAUCAUUGGUUAAAAUGAGACGUGGAAAAUGAUUUAACAUAUUUCAACAGUUCUUAGGUAUCUUAACAGCAUCAGCCUCUAAACUGUCCUGUUCAGAGCAGACAGUUUUCUGCUAAUUAGCUAGAUUGUGUUGUGACUAUGUGCUCAAAAAAGACAUUUCAAAAGUACCCUUAAAACAGAGGUGUCCAAACCUUUUAUACCCAGGGCCACAUACUGAAAAAUCUGUCAUGAUCUCACAUACAGUUUGGACUUUCCUGUGGUCUAUAUCAUUUCCUGUCCUGGUGCUCUUAUAUUGGUUCUACUUCUUGCUGAAAUCCUUGUUUUGCUGCACCUUCCCUUUGUUUAGUUUCCUGCCAGCGCACCUGUUUUCCAUUUCUAAUCAAGUCUAUUUAGGUUCACCUGUUGCUCCUUGCCAGCCCAGGAUUUUUGCCUUUAGUCAAUGUGCGUGAGUUACUCUACUGCCGCUACAUGCUCUUUUUCUGCAGUUUUUUGCUCUCUACCUAAAGAAUUAACUUCUUUGAUCUUCACGCAUGCCUUCUGUCUCUGCAUCCUAGUGUCACUAACAUGCACCACCGUGACAAAAUCAAAGGAUGUGCGGCCAUUUUGUUGAUCAUUUUCAUCUAAACUUUGUCAUAAAUGACAAAUCACAUCUUUAAAGUUCAGUGUAACAUGUUUUUCUUGUUUAAUUGUAUUAAAAAAUUAAGUAUGUGCUGCAAAAGGCCUGUGGGCCUCAGUUUUGGACACCGCUAACCUGGAAUGACUCUUAUACCCAGAAUGUGCUCAGCAUUGAUUAAAAUUUCAGUUUAAGUUUA